AUGGGCAUAGGUUGUGCGUUGCUGGUAGGAAUGGCUGCAACGAGUGGACUAGGCACCGGCUUCUGCGAGCUGCCAGCAGAACUGGUCGAGUAUCUGGAGCCAUGGGAGAAAGCGGCGAAGAAGUCCAUGCCGGAGCUACAGCCAGGGCCAGAGCUCCUCUCGUGCUUGCGCGCCGUGCAGCAGGUUCUUCGAAGCGCUUGUGUGGCAGUCGAGCGAGAAGUGGCCGUAACGGAGCGUCCAUGGCAGGACUUCAGUGCAGCCUGGGAUGCCUACCAGAGUAACCUUCUGCGAGGUGCUUCCUCGGGCUGCAAGCAUCCCCGCAUGCUUGCCGCUGUGCUCCCUGGCGUGUCUGAACAAUUUUCGAUGCUGGCCAGGGAGAGUCCAUCGAGGCGGUGGCUGUAUUCCUUUCAGAGCACAUGGCGCCUGGCCUUGAAGUUCCUCGAGUUCUUGCAGGUAAUGUCAUUGGAUGGCUUUGACUGGAUGUCAGACGUCGCGUAUGGUCUUCAUCGACGAGCUUUCCGGAAGGAAGGCCAAAAGUUUGUACCCUGGGCCUCAGUGGCCAGGGCGGCUCCGACUUUCAAGGUAGCAGGACUUGCUGGGGCGUGGACCAUGGGCGACGGGGCUUUUCGUGGUGCGGCGCUGCGCCACGAUCUGCCUGCAAACCGAGUCGUGGAUGCGGCCGUACGAAGCCGUAAGGCCAAUCUGCCCUUUCGCAUGGUGGAAGUUGGCGUGUUCAAGGGCAACCUCACGCAGCACGUCUGGCAUCGAGCAGCACGGCGUCCAGGUGCUUUUGAACUCCACCUGGUCGACCAUUGGGGGGCCGCCGAUCGGCCGAUGGGCGUAGCCAGCCAGGCCGUGGGCACUGGUUCUGACAUGGGUGGCCAAAGCAACGCUUCCCUUAUGCGCUCCGUCUGGCGAUCCUUCGGACGCGCUGGAGCUCGGAGGAUGGAGGUGCCGCACUGGCAAGGCUCGAGACAGGCCUGUGCCGCAUUGAAUGAAGCCAAAGCGCGCUUCCGCGCUGACGUGCUCUUCCACCGCAGCACAAGCGUUGGCCCAUCCAGGUGUUUCGAGGACGAUAGUCUCGACCUUGUCUACAUUGAUGCUGAUCACAAGUGGUGGAGCGUAUUGCAAGAUUUGAGCGCCUGGUGGCCCAAAGUCCGGCCCGGUGGACUCAUGAUGGGGCAUGACUUCCAUUUCAACACGCUGAUGGAGCGGGAAGAGCUGGCUGGAGGCAGCAUCAACGAUGUGCCCAUCGCAGUUGCGGCUUUCUUCCGUGCUCCAUUGCAAGUGCUGUUGCACAGUGGAUUCGUGUGGUCAGUCCAGAAGCCGACAAAUUUCGCUACGAAUGUUUCCGAGGUCGCUCUGCAGCGACAGGAGCUGUGUGAUUUGCUGCGGAGUCGGCUGAAGCCCCACGCCACCUUCGAGAUAUGCGACUUGAAAGCGUGA